AUGGUCACCCCCUUUCGCGGUCAUGAUGAAAGUGAAGAUUCAAGCAAUAAGGGUAAUUUUCUUGAGCUUUUGAAGUUUCUCGCAUAUCAUAAUGAGGGUAUUAAAGAUGUGGUGUUUAAAAAUGCUCCUGAAAAUCUCAAGUUAACAUCACCUGAUAUUCAAAAAGAUCUUGUGUAUGCAGCAGCAUGUGAAACCACUAAUGCUAUCAUGUUUGAUAUUGGUGAUGAUGCUUUCUUUUCUGUUUUGGUUGAUAAAUCGCGUGAUAUAUCAGUCAAGGAGCAAAUGGCAGUUGUACUUUGCUAUGUGAAUACCAACGGACAAGUAGUUGAAAGAUUUGUGGGCAUAAAGCAUGUUCCUAAUACCACUGCUAUUUCACUUAAAGAGGCAAUUGAUCAAUUCUUCUCUGUAAACGGAUUAAGCAUAUCUAGAUUGCAUGGACAAGGUUAUGAUGGGGCUAGCAAUAUGCAAGAUGAUGGUGUAAGUCUUGAUCAAAGAGGUGAAGCGGAUAUUUUGUUGAAUCUUUUGCAAUCUUUUGAUUUUGUCUCUAGUCUCUUUCUGAUGAAAGAAAUAUUGGGAAUCACAAAUGUGUUGUCACAUGCAUUGCAAAAGAAAGUUCUCGAUAUAGUGAGUGUUAUGGCUUUAGUCAAAGCAUGUAAGCAACAACUACAAGCGAUGAGGGCUAAUGGAUGGGAUGCUUGGCUUGAUGAAGUUUCUUCUUUUUGUGGCAAGCAUGAUAUUGAUAUUUCUGAUAUGAAUGACAUCUUUCAACUUCAAGAGUUGAACAAUCGUUUUAAUGAGACAAGUACAGAGUUGUCUGUUGCAUGCUUAAGCCCAGAUGACUCAUUCUCAGCUUUUGACAUUGAAAAGUUAGUUCAACUUGCUGAAUUUUAUCCAAAGGAUUUUUCUGAUAUGGAGCUCACACUUCUUGAAGAUGAACUGAAGAAUUAUAUAUUUGAUAUGCGUUUGCAUAAUGAAUUUUCUGCGUUGAAAGGAAUUAAUAACCUUGCACAAAAGUUGGUGGAGACAAAGAUGGAUAGACAGUAUCCCCUGGUGUACUUGCUAGUGAAAUUAGCAUUGAUUUUACCUGUUGCGACUGCUUCAGUUGAAAGAGCUUUUUCGGUGAUGAAAAUUGUGAAGAAUCCACAUCGUAAUAGGAUGGGUGAUCAAUGGUUGAAUGAUAGUUUGGUUGUGUACAUUGAGAAAUAUGUAUAUGAUUCUAUUAGUAAUGAUGUUGUAAUACGACGUUUCCAAAAUAUGAGAACACGUCGUGGACAAUUAUGA